AUCUCUCAGUCUCUCACUUUCUCUCUCUAUAUAUAUCUCUAGAGAGAGAAAACAUUAACACACAGUAUCACAAAAACGAAAGCGAAACAAACAAAUAAUGGAUUACAACAUGUUCGGAAACGACGUCGAUCGAGAAUGCAGCAGCGGGUGCGAGUCCGGCUGGACUCUCUACCUCCAACACUCUUCUUCUUCUCCCUACCUUUCCUGUAAUAUUAAUAAUAAUUAUCAAGAACACGAUUCCGCCAUUGAUGCUGGCAGAAGAAGAAGAAGAAGAAAUAUUACAGAAGAAGCCAAGAGAUUAAAAGAAGAAGACGAUGAAGAAGAAGAAGACGAGGAUUUGUCAAUGGUUUCCGACGCUUCUUCUGGGCCACCACAUAAUAAUAAUUUGCACGAACAAGAUUACAGCUAUGGCGGGAACGGGUUUUUCUGUAAAUACGCCGUUGAUGAAGACCGGAAUAACAGUAACGCCGUUAUUAGCAGGAAAAAGAACAGAGAUAACCGACGUCGUAUUAAGCCUGGUCAAGACCAGUCAACGUUGCUUGACGAUACUGCUAGUUCUCCUUUCUUCGAUUUCUCCGAUAAAACGUUCACCCACCACCCUCCGCCGGAGAAUAUACCGGAAUAUUCCCAAGGAUAUUCCUCCACCGUACAGUUUGAAGUGAGACCUCCAUAUCAAGAGCACUACGAUUUCUUUCAAUCCCCACACCAAAACCAGUGGUUUGAAGGUUAAAGAAGGUGAUGGAUGCCACGAGGGCAGGUUUUCUUACAAGGCAAAAGGAGAACUGAAUCUUUAUAAGGGAUUUUUUUUUUUUUUUUUGUCUCUCUUCUUUACUUAAAAGAGAAAAAGAAGAAGUUGAAUUUCAUUUUAAAUUUGUUUAAGGAAUCAAGAUUUUCUUGUCUGCAAAUAAUUGGGAAAUAAUUA